AUGACUACCACAUCUUCAGAUAUCGUAGUGCCCACCGGGAGCAGCACAAGCGAACCGCCUGUUACGACAGAGGCUUCUAGCACAGCCAUUUCUGAGGAGCCGUCCACGACGACAAGCCUGUCCGCCACAGAAGAACCUACAGAAGAACCAUCUGUGACAAGUGCCCGGGAAACUUCUGAUCCCGGAGCGUCUAGCACGGCCACGCUUGGCAGCGAAUCGGUCACGACGACGGAACUGUCGGAGACUGUGCCCGCUACUGAGGAACCGUCUGUGGUCUCGACUACGGAUCCCUCUGGGAGCACCACAGUCACUGAUGAGCCGUCGGUCACAACAGAGACAUCGAGCACGGAUGCAUCAAGCAUAACAACGUCCACUGAGGAGCCGCCCCUAAGCACGGACUCUAUGACGAGCUCCAGAGUGCCUCAGACAACGACGGAUGCCAGUACAAAUAGUAAUUCAGAAGUCAGUGCGAGUCAGACGUCGUCGUCGACAGCACAGAUGCAGUCGUCGGUGGAGAGUGCAUCUACGGAGGCGUCGACGGAGCAGCCGCCGGCGACCACGCAGUCUACUACAAGCACGGGUCAGCCGCAGCCGACAGAGCCGAUCACAACCAGUAGUCCCAAAGUAUCGGUAACAGAGACUACAUCCGGCACAGAUGGGUCUGUCACAGGAUCCACUGGCGUCCCUGAGACGAUGACAUCAACCUCUACGAGCCGGGAAGAGCAGACAUCCGCAGCGCCCGUGACGAGUAGCUCGACCUCGACAGAAGACAUCUUCACCACGACCUCGUCAUCAUCAUCAUUCUCUUCGGAGCCGGUGCAGACUACACAGCCUAUCACAUCCACCACCUCACUGGGAUCAAGCACCCCAUCCUCCUCCCCACCAGUCACAACAUCCGCACCGCCAACAUCCAUCCCUGAACCUAGCAAAUUAACCAGCACAUCCUUCUCCCCCACGACAAGUACCACUCCCACCACGAGAGCCUGCGUCGCCAACAAACUCCGAAACAACGACUUCGAAUCCGGCACAUCGGGGUGGUCCGUAGAAGGCGGCACCCUCUCCGCCGCCACCCAAGACUCCACCACCGGCGCCGGCCCCCACUCCGGGCGGCAGUUCGCCAUCGUCUCCAUCCCCUCCAGCCAGCAGGUGACCAACCCGGCCACCGACCCCCUGUCCUGGAUCUCCGCCUACCCGUCCGAGCCCUUCGACAACACAUCGGGCAUGCUCUGCACCGUGUCCCUCAUCUUCCUGAGCGCCGGCGGCGUCGCCUCCACGGCGCCGCUCGUGCGCGUCGUCGUCGGCGACGAGCGCGUCGUCUGCGCCGAGGGCCGCCUGUCGCAGGACCAGCUGGGCACGUGGGUGACGCUGCGGUCGAGCGCGCCGCUGCGCCGCAACACGGGCGCCUUCAUGGGCGACGUGCGGGUGCAGUUCCUGGACCCGGGCUCGGGGGGCGCGUACACGCCGCACGGGGACCUGCGGAUCGGCGUCGACGCCGUGGGGCUGGCGUACAGCGCCACGGACCCCGUCACGGUCGACGACGAGGUCUGCAUGGACGGGUCGUCGGCCAACGCGAAGCGCGGGUUGCAGGCCGGCGGCGGGAGUGGGCAGCAUCAGCGGCGCGAGGAGGCGUGGCACGGCAGGGUUGAUCGCGUGGAGGCGACGUUUGCGACGGUGUACAGGAAGGCAUCUCGGCCUUCCGGCAGGGGCAAGAUCCAGUUGUGGUCAGAGGUCUGUAGAUGGAAUUUGGAGAUGUACAUCUGUCAGAGUCUCGCUUUUCGUUACAUUCAUCACAUUCAUCAGACAUUUGAUCUGCAUCUUUCUUGA